GCCGGGCUGAGCGCGGGAGGGGCCGGGCGGCCGGAUGCGAUGCGAUGCGGGCGGAGCGCGCAGCCCGGCGGCCCUCAACCCGCUCCAGGGCAGCUCUGGGCUCGCUGCAGCCAGCCCGGUCCGUCCGCCCCUUCCCCCCACCUAGCUCGGGGGCGUGCACAGCUGCGGCCCGCGGGAUCUGCCCCGCCCCCAGCCAGCGCCGGGACAGCUGGGAUGGUGCGCUGGCGUUUCCUGGCUGUCUCGUCCAUGCCAGCCCCGAGUGGCAGAUGAACGCCAAGCCGGGUGGGUAUUUACUUGGAUCCCACCUGCUCUGUUUUCUCCCAGCAGGGCCCCAAUCCCGAUACUGGAUGGAGCGAGGGGAAGAGCUGCAAGUCCCAGAUCUCAGCAAAGAGGAGGAUGACGAGAGCUGGCCGGGCCCCCAAACAGGUGAGAGGCUGGCGAGCGUGGCUGGGGUAGAGGAUGCUGCACCGGGAAGGGGCAGCACCAGCACUGAUGUGGAGCCGGUGGGGGGAGCGUGGCACAAAGACCCUGCUGCGGGGGCAGAGGAGGCGGUGCCCGGAGGCAGGGCCAGGGUGGAGGAGGCCAUGCCGGGAGGUAGCGCUGAUGCAGAGCCGGCGCGGCACAGAGACCCCACCGUCAGGCGGCCCUUUAAAUGUGGCGAGUGUGGGAAGAGCUUCCGGCAGAGCGCCACGCUGACCAGACACCAGCUGCUGCAUGCGAGCGAGAGGCCCUACGUCUGCACCACCUGCAGCAAAGGCUUUUGCGAUGGCGCGGCGAUGGCCGCGCACCAACGGGCACACACGGGCGAGCGCCCCUUCCCCUGCCUGGCGUGCGGCAAGGCCUUUGCUGGCAGCUCGGCGCUGCUGGUGCAUCAGCGAGUGCACACCGGCGAGCGUCCCUACCACUGCGGGGAGUGCGGGCAGAGCUUCCGGCAGAGUGCCCACCUGACGCAGCACCAGCAGGGCGCCCCCACCAGCCUGCACCCCCACGCCUGCGCUCACUGCGGCAAGAGCUUCGGGCUGCGCUGCACGCUGGCACUGCACUUGCGGACGCACCGUGUCGAACAGCCCCACGCCUGCCCGGACUGCCCCCGCCGCUUCCACCACCGCGCCCACCUGCUCCGGCACCAGCUGGCGCACACGGGUGAACGCCCCUUCCCCUGCCCGGUCUGCGGCAAAGCCUUUGCCCUGAGCGCCACGUUGCUGCGGCACCAGCUGGUGCACACGGGCGAGCGCCCCCACCGCUGUGAGGAGUGCGGGCGCAGCUACACACAGAGCUCCUACUUGCGGCAGCACCAGCGCAGUGCCCACACCGGCCAGCGCCCCCACACCUGCCCUGACUGCGGCCAGGCCUUCGCCGACCGGGCCAACCUCCUGCGGCACCAGCGGGGCCACACGGACGCCCGGCCCCACACCUGCGCUGAGUGCGGGCGGCGCUUUGCCCAGCUGGCCAGCCUGGUGGAGCACCGCCGGCGGCACACGGGCGAGAAACCUCACGAGUGCCCCCGCUGCGGGCGCCGCUUCCGCCACCACUCGGCCCUGCUUCGCCACCAGCGCUCCCAUGCUGGGGAACGCCCCUUCCGCUGCGGGCAGUGUGGGCGUGGCUACACCCGCAGCUCCAACCUCCUGCUGCACCAGCGGGUGCAUGCUGCUGAGUGACAUCCCCUCCCCCAGGACAGCCACCGGCAUCCGGCGUCUCCCACACCCCCCAUGCUGGGAUUGGCCUGGCCUGGCCUGGCCUUGACCACAGUCCGCACUCUUGCAUGGCCACUCCCCGCCCACUGCCCAGGAAUGGGGGUGGCUGGACCCGUCCCGGUACUGAGUGUGAGUGAAGCUGCUGCCAGCAGUCAUGGUUCCUCCAGCCCUAGGUAGCAAACAUGGGGGCAGAGCUUCCUUCAGGGUGCGGCCCUGCUCAGGGGUGGGGCUCAGGGAAUGGGGGCUGUGCCCAGGCAGAGCCUGACCCCCUUUUGCUGGCUGGUGCUGCCCGGGCUGCUGCCCCAACACUCUAGCCCCUGCCGUGGGGCCCAGCCAAGCCAAAACCCACCCUGCAGCUGCUUAGCUGUGCGCGGGGCAGGGGAACAGAAGCAGGGGGACGCCAGCACUCAAUGCAGGCUGGUGGGAAA